AUGGCUCCGACAGACAAAAACGUACAACUUGACCUUGAAAAAGGCUUAACAACUAAUGAUGAACAACAUCAAAUUAACAACCCAUUUCCAGGCCUUAAAAACAAGGCACAAUCGUUGCUUUCCAUGUUUAGAGGCAGCUUUUCGGAUAAUCCAGAUGACGUAGCAUCUUUACCCAUCGAUCCCUCGAAUUCUGGUAGCGUCGUCAAUGCGGAGGCAGUGACGACAAAGGAAGAACAAGAGAGUAAAGAUGGUAAAGAGCAGAACAAGAAUAAUAAUAAAGGAGCACGGAAAGAGAAACGUAAUAAAAAGGCUCCAAAGCCUCCAAGGCCACCAAAGGGUCCUACGUUGGAUGCUGCUGACCAUAAAUUAAUUAGGGAGUUAACCGAGUUGGCUAGGUCGAAACGGGCUAAAAUUGAGAGGAUGAGAGCCUUGAAGAAGAUGAAAGGUGCCAAGGGAACAUCUUAUAACACCACCAUAUUUCUCAUGCUCUUCACCAUCAUUUUUUGUGUCAUCAUCAUCUAUCAAGGAAUGCCAUCUCGAGAUCCACCGACAACUUCGGAAGGGACUGAAGUACCCGUAGGAGCAACGGAGGAAGGUCUAAUACCAAUUAAGUUACUUGGAAAUACUUCAAGCACACCAGAUUCUGGAUCUUCCUUGUAA